UGUGCCCUGGGUGACCCCCUUCAAUUUUUUCACAAGUAUUUCCAAUCAGGAGACCUCAUCAUUGCAGCCAUUAUUUCUCAAAUUUAUAUUUUUUCUGACCUCACGACGUUUGGAAGGCAUCCCUCUCAAGAUCUGCUGGAUGAUCUCAUCUAUUUCAGUGCAAGCAGGACCUAUCAGGCCUCAGUGGAACUUCUCUCUACGAGGGACAGGUUCAUCCCGAACUACAAGUGUGACAGCCAGAACAACCUGAUAGCAGUCGUAGGAGGACCGAGCUCUGACAUAGAUGUCCACAUGACAAACGUUCUGAAUAUCUACAAAGUUCCACAGCUGACAUACGGCUCUGCUUCAGCGAUGAGUGAGGAAAACCAAGCACCUUUUUCCCACUGGAUGUUCCCCAACAGGGCCCAACAGUAUAAAGGGAUUCUCCACUCACUGCUGUAUUUUGGAUGGAUGUGGAUUGGGGUGUUUUAUCUGGACGUUGAAAGUGCAGAGCAGUUCCUACAGGAUGCCCUUCCCUCUUUCUCCCAAAGUGGGGUCUGCUUUGAUUUCAUUGAGCUGUUGCCAACAAUAUCGUUUUUUAAUGAUUUCAUGGAAACAGCAGUUAAAGGGAUGGACACGUACAAGAUGGCCCUAAGAAGCACCGUUUCGGCCAUUGUCGUGCACGGUGAAAUUCAGACCCUGAUGAUUUUGAGAACAAUGGACCACUUUUCAAUAGUAGAAGGCGUUUCCAUAAAAACAAAAGGCAAAGUCUGGAUUUUGACAGCCCAGAUGGAUUUUACAUCCCUUCCCUUUCAGAGAGAUUGGGGUGUAGACUUCCUCCAUGGAAUCGUAUCCUUUGCAGUUCACUCAGAAGAGCUUCUAGGAUUCCAUAAAUUUGUUCAGAUGAGAAACCCGACUACUGAAAAAGAAGAUGGCUUUAUCGGUGACUUUUGGAAACAGGCGUUUAAAUGUUCAUCGCUGAGCUCCAUGGCAGAUAGAGGAGACAGUGAAGUCUGCACUGGACGUGAGAAGUUGGAGACUCUUCCCGAGUCCGUCUUUGAAAUGAGGGUGACUGGCCAUAGCUACAGCAUUUACAAUGCAGUCUACUCCGUGGCCCAUGCUUUGUAUGUCAUGCAUUCAUCCAAAUUCAAAUAUAGAACAAAGAUGGAUAAAGGGAGAAGGCAGGCCCUGAAUCAAGAGCUGUGGCAGCUCCACCACUUUCUGAGAACUGUCCUAUUUAACAACAGUGUUGGCGAAAAGGUAUCCUUUGACCAAAAUGGAGAAUUACUAGCUGGAUUUGAUAUUCUCAACUGGAUCACAUUCCCGAAUCAGUCAUUUCUCAGAGUUAAAGUUGGAAAGAUAGACCCAAAGGCCCCCUCAAACAAAGAGUUGACCAUUCAUGAGGAUUCAAUCGUAUGGCCAAGCAGGUUUAACCAGUCACGUCCCCUCUCUGUGUGUAACGACAACUGCAUUCCAGGUUAUAGUAAAGUAAAGAAAGAAGGGAAGCCAUUUUGCUGCUAUGGUUGCCUGUCAUGUCCAGAAGGAAAGAUUUCAGCCAAGACAGAUAUGGAUGACUGUGUCCAGUGUCCACAAGAUCGUUAUCCAAACAGGGAGCAGAAUUUAUGCCUUUCCAAAUAUAUAAGCUUCUUGUCUUACGAGGAACCUUUGGGGAUCAGUUUGGCCAUUCUUGCCGUUUCCUUCUCUCUCAUCACAGCUCUAGUGCUCAGCAUCUUCGUCCAGAACAAGAACACUCCCAUAGUCAAAGCCAACAACCGGAUUCUGACCUACUUACUCCUUGUCUCCCUCCUGCUCUCCUUCCUUUGUACUUUGCUAUUCGUUGUCCAACCUGAGAAGAUGACGUGUCUCCUUCGGCAAACUACUUUCAGCAUGGUCUUCUCAGUGGCCGUUUCUUGUGUGUUGGCCAAAACCAUCACUGUGGUCUUGGCUUUCCAGGCCACCAAGCCAGGGUCCGGGAUGAGAAAAUGGGUGGGGAAUCGACUGGCCACCUUCAUUGUUCUUUUCAGCUCUCUUAUUCAAGCCAUUAUAUGUGCUGUCUGGCUGGCAACAUGGCCACCGUUCCCAAAUUUUGACAUGCACUCAGUGGCCAAGAAAAUCGUACUAGAAUGCAAUGAAGGAUCGGUCAUCAUGUUUUAUUGUGCCCUGGGUUUUCUGGGCUUCCUGGCCAUCAUCAGCUUCACAGUGGCUUUCCUAGCCAGGAAGUUACCUGACAGUUUUAAUGAAGCCAAAUUUAUCACCUUUAGCAUGUUGGUUUUUUGCAGUGUGUGGGUGUCUUUUAUUCCGACCUACUUGAGUACUAAAGGGAAAUACAUGGUGGCCGUGGAGAUUUUCUCUAUUCUAGCCUCCAGCGCAGGAUUACUGUGCUGUAUUUUUCUCCCAAAAUGUUACAUUAUCUUGCUGAGGCCAGACUUGAAUAAGAAAGAAUAUAUAGUGAGCAGAAAGCAUUAA